AUGGAAUCAAAAAAGAAAUUAUCUGGUGCUCAAUUCCGCAAGCGAAAAGCUGUAAAAGAAGCAGAUAUUCAAAAACAAGCAGGAACUCUUAGCAACUUUAUUAAAAAAAUUAAAAAGUCUGACACAGGUUGUAGUGAAGUUGAUUUAGAAGAAAUAAGUGUUAUCGAACCGUGUUCUUCAACAAGUUUUUCUAACGAUUGUUCUAUACCACAACAUGAUUCAAGUGAAUCGCAGCGGUUAGAUUUAAAUGUAGUUGCAGACGAAACUGAGGAAACGGUAAUAAUUAAAAAUUUAGAAGACCCCGCUGAAUGGGGCAUUAUUGACGGAAAACUGCGAGUUGAAUUAGUUGAAAUGGGUCCUAUUCAAAAGAAAAAUAUUAUUUAUCCCAAGGAUACUCACGGUCGCAAAUUUAAUUAUUCAUAUUAUAAUAGAAAAAUGGAAAACGGGGAGUUGGUGCCUAGAACAUGGCUUAUUUAUUCUGAAAAAUUGGAUCGGGUUUUUUGUUUUUGUUGUAAACUCUUUGCAUCUAACGAAACUAAUAGUUUUUUAGAUGGUUAUAGCGAUUGGAGAAAUCUUAGUACAAGUUUGCAUAGACAUGAGACUAACCUAACUCAUAUGAGAAAUUUUUUACAAUGGAAAGACUUAGAUAAGAGCUUAAAAAACAAAACCACGAUUGAUUAUCAGACUCAAAGCUUAUAUGAGAUGGAAAAGAGGCAUUGGAGGAGUGCUUUAGAACGCAUUAUAGAAAUAAUAAAAUUUCUUGCUAGCCAAAAUAUAGCCUUUCGAGGAUCAUCUGAUAAAUUAUAUGAGAGCAACAACGGCAAUUUCUUAAAAUUAAUUGAGCUGUUUGCAAAAUUUGAUCCAGUUAUAGAAAAUCAUAUUCAUAGAGCUCUUCAACCGAACAAUAAAGUUCACUAUUUGAGUAAGAAAAGCCAAAAUGAACAGUUAGAAAUUUUAAGUAAAGCGAUAAGGGAUAAAAUUUUACUCUCGCUACGAAAAUCUAAAUAUUAUUCAAUAAUAUUAGAUUGUACACCUGAUGCAAGUAAAACAGAACAGAUGAUAAUUAUUGUUCGAUUUGUUUCUUUUGAGAAUGAAGUUGUAAAAAUAAGGGAAAAUUUUUUGGGCUUUGUUGAUAUAACCGAUUCCACAGGGCGUGGUUUAUGUUCUACAAUAAUAGAUAAUUUGAAAAAAUGGAACAUUCCCAUUGAAGACAUGCGUGGUCCGGGUUAUGACAAUGGAGCAAAUAUGAAAGGGAAAAAUAAUGGGCUGCAAAAAUUACUUUUAACUAAAAAUCCUAGAGCUUUUUUCGUACCUUGUGCAGCGCACACUCUAAAUUUAAUGAUUAACGAUGCAGCUAAACAACCUUCAGAUACACGAUGGGAAAGUAGGAUUAAUGCAAUUCGGCCCUUACGUUAUCAAUUAGGAGAAGUUUAUGAUGCGCUUUUUGAUAUUGUAAAUAAUGAAAAUUUUAAUAAAGAAAUUCAACAUGAAGCACAAGCCUUAGAAUCUAUUGAAAAUUUAAAAAUAUUUAUGCAAGAUUAUCGGUCAGAACUAAAAUUUGAGGAUGUUCUAAAAACUGCAAAAGAACUGAGCGAAGAGGUGGAUGGAGAACAAGAAUAUAAAAGUAGUUCGGAAGUGCGACAACGAAAGAAGAAACGACAAUUUGAUUACGAGCAACACGACGAAUCUCCACGAUCUCCACAAGAAAAAUUUAAAAUUAGUGUGUUUUAUACGCUUUUAGAUGUUGUUUAUAAACCAAGCCUUUGGUAUUUCAAUAGUUUACAGUUUCUAGAGGCAUAUGUGACCCCGCGGAAAAGUCGAAAGUCUUUUGAACCUUUGGUUCAGCUUCAGGAAUCACAGAGUUCG